UCGCUAUAAAAGUAGCGAUCGAGGUGUCUGAGGUCUCUGUUACUUUAAAAUGUCGCGCACGGUUGCAUGCCGGUCCUUCCGGUCGUCUCAAAUUGUGCUCUUAUUGUUAGUACUUACAUUAAUAUUAUCAUCAACGACGUUAUGGCGAGCGGAUGCCAGCCCGUUACCGGAUCCCACGCAGGAGUACCAGAAUUUGUUAUCCGAAGCUUCGACGAUCAAUUUGACAGAUACCUCAACAGACAAUUCGACGGAAAUUCCGGCCAACACCGACGUAUACGUGAUAAAAGCUGUAGUCUACGAGAUUGGAAUUCUUACAGAUACAGAUAAUACAACUAAUACCGAAAGUACUGAAAGACACGAAAGAGUAGAUAUAUCGCUGUACGAUCCACCGCAUCAAGAAGACGAAUUCUCCUAAUGAAAUCUUCUUAAAAACGAAGCGAACGUAUAAAUGGAUACAAAAUACGCAUUUAUGGAGAUCGGAAGCGAGAAUCAAAAUGACAUUAUUUUACUGGAAAAAUUGCGUAUAAGGAACGACAAUUUUUCAGUAAAUAAGUGUAUAAAUUAUUAAUUAUAAUAUUAUAUUAGAUUUUAAUAUAAUGGAGUAACAAAGUGUAACAAAUACUUGAUGUAUACGCAGUUUAUAAAGAUUUCAAUAUCAAACUUAUAAUGCUAUGAGACGAGCGUUUCGGAAUUCAGAACAAAUGUUUAUUAUUUUGUCAUUUAAUUAUGAACAAUAUAUUUCGUGUACAACGCUAUAAACACAUUGCUGCUGCAAAACCUGCGAGGCAGAAGAAAGUCGCGGAACAAUCAGGUAACAUAAUUCGCAGAAUGAUAGAUAUACGUAGUAAAUUAGCUCGGUCGGAGCAUGCGCAACACACAUAUUAUUUUCUGCAAUUUAACGCUAUUUAUUUUGUGGAAGAUCUUCGUGAAAGACUUUAACAGUCGCUUAAACGUACGUAGAAAUCUUUUCUGUCUUCUUCUUUUUUUUAUAUAUUGGAAUGCAAAUAAGCGCGCAAGUUUGACAGCCCCGAUUAAUUAUACGUGUAUCGUGUACAAAUUUCGACCAAAUAUUACGACAAAAGGUAAUAAAAAUAUUCUCGAUUCUC